AUGAGUUCUCUCUCUGACCACGUCGACCGCAUCUCUUUACUGGCAAAGUCCAUUCAGUCAAACUCUCUUGCGGCGACACCAAUUUCCUCAGGUCCCUUCACACAUGCUGUCCUUCAAACACCUCUGGGCGACCUCAUCCGCGACAUCGAUCCUGCUGAACUCGGCUUGUUCACCCUUGUGCCGUCUGCCAGACCGCCCGUUGAUGCAGAAGUUGGCGGUCCACAAGUUGGAGAGAUCGCCCGCGCAGAGUUCCAUGGAGCGACCCCGCUGAGACGUCCACCGCCCCAUAAAGUGGGGAGGCCGGAUGCUCAGAGAAUGGGCGAAUACGAGCCAGAAGUCUACGCCCGAGCAGCAGUCAAGUAUCUUGAUCGAUAUCAAUCUAUCAGGCCGAUGCCACGAGCUUCUGAACAGGCGUCGAGCAUAGUAGAACAGCUGGAAACUGUGCGGGAGAAUAUCCAAAAAUUGAAUGAUAAGCUUAAGCAACACACAUCUACAGGUCCCGCUGCGCCACCUGCAUCUCCGAGCUCCAUCAUAAAGGAGGAAGAGCGGCGUAUUCAGACUGCAGGAUUACGAAUAACUGAACUUAAGAAACAGAGGGACUCCCUGCUCAAGAGAAAAGCAUCUGCUAGCUCCUCAAAACCUAAGCCGAAUCUGAAGUCAAAGUCAUCGACUCCGACUCCGCCUCCUCUGGACGACCAGGAAGAGGCGUUCUGGAACACUCCUGGCGCUGCUGCGCGAACAUUGCACUUUACCGGAGAUUCCCUCCUAGACGAAGAAGUGGAUAUGGGGAAUAUCUCUGCAGUCUCCUUCUCGAGCCCUGUUCCCUUGAGGAAAGAUCGAUCAGCUUCUCGCCCUUCAUUACAUUUUGAGGACAUGGCGCUCGGCGCGCCAGAUGACCAUUUUGAGGGAUGUUCAGAUUCGCCUGUUGUCGCGUUAGGUGCUGAUGAUACCGGCGAGGAUGUCAGCGGUAGCAGUGAUGUUGGAGAAAGCACAGUUGUUUUGACCAAGGUUCCCACAGCCGUAUCGGGGAUAAUGACCCACGAUGAGCAUCAAUCGCCGGACAGGGUUCAUGAAGAGUUGCCCUUACCAUCACCCACAAAGCCACCAGACGAGAAGCCACCAUCUGAUACUCGCAAGGAAUCAAAGAUUAGAGUUACUGCUGAGCUCGAGCGUAUUGUUUCGAAAAUGUGGGUGACGGUCGGCGAGCUUAUCAUGCCCGGCCAUCCGUUCGAUGUGUCCGGUGGUGGGGGCAGCAAACCCCCGCGGGCGAAGGAAACCAUCGCCCACCUUCAGUUGCUCUCAACCCACACCCCAAGCCCGACGUCGCCAUCUGCAUCGAGCCUUUCAUCGUUUUCGCUUACGCAGCCGUCGUCUUCAUCUUCCGCGGGCGCGGCUCAGCCGACCGCACAGCAGAUCCUCACCGCGCACAUGCUCCUUGCGCUGCUUUCGUCUCCGCCGACGUAUGCGAUGCCAUUAGGACGGCUGAAAGACGUGCUGUCCGCUAAGAAUGCGGAGACUGGUGUCGCGAGAGCUUUGGGCGGGUCGGCUGUGACUCGGCCUAUCUACGGAUGUGUGGCGAAGAGGCUGCUGAAGAUUGAACGGGGAGGGGGCCAGCAGCUCAUCUUCUCGGUUUUCAAGACGCUCACGGACCAGCAGGUCACCGUCGAGCUGAAGAACGACCUUUCCAUCACCGGGGUGCUCAAAUCCGUCGACCAGUUCUUGAACAUCCGACUCGACUCGAUCACCGUGCUGGACGAGGCGCGGCACCCACACAUGAUGGCGGUGAAGAACUGCUUCAUUCGCGGCUCUGUGGUGCGGUAUGUGCAGCUCCCGGCUGAGCACGUCGAUACACAGCUGUUGGAGGACGCUACACGACGAGAGGCUGUCAGUCAGGCCAAGCGAUAG